AUGCAGUUCACCAACAUCGCUGCGCUUGCCUUUACCCUCUUCUCCUCGGGCCUCGCCACUCCCGCUGGUCCCCUUUCUCCUCCCGGCCCUCCCGGCCCUCCUGGUGGUUCUAGUGGCCCUCCUGGUUCUCCCACUUGGGCUACGACUGCCACUAUUCAACUGGUCAACGACGAAUCUGGCGCCAAUGCCAACGUCGCUGUGCCCCUUGACGGCCAGAAGCACGCUGUUCAAAAACUCUGGGGCGAAACCUCAAUUGCACAGAACGGCCUAGUCUUUGCGUCGAACGCUAUGCUCACGGCGUUCCAGCAGACUACUGUCUGCACCAUUACCGAAGGACCGCAUCCGGAUGCCAUCCUGGAUGCCGAACACACAUGGGCUUCCCUGGGUGAGGGAGUGGUGGACUUGUGCUCCGCCUACGUCGAGUGUCGGUGUGAGGGCAUGUAA